AUGACGAAUAGAAGGUCACCCAGUGCGUACCCCGCCUGGGAGAGUCUGUCGCUCGGCACCAACUCGUUGCUGGUCAACGAUGAUACCGGAUUGGACCCUGCCCUCGAUUUCUUACGACUCAGAUGGAAUCUGUCGCACUCUGCAGUACAGGUCUUGGAUAACGCUGCUGAUUUGCAAAACAGAAACAGCCGCAAGCCUUUUAGCCAAGAUGAUUCCUAUGCACAGAGCUCAAUCUGCGAGACUCCGAUCAGCACCGUGGCGAUCUCUAUCUAUGAACUUGCGGAAUGGCAACGUAUCUGGAAGAAGGGGCAUGAUAGUCACUUUUAUAUUCUCAAAACCACUGGUGAAAAUUCUUGUGGUUGUAAGCCUGAAGAUGCUCCAGCCAGCCCGAUACUGACCAUUACCGCUCCCGAUAGGAAAUUUAUAACAAUUAGGCAAUAUGUUCAAGAAGUAUUUCAAUGGCUGCAGAGUCUCGAGCAGCCGCUCAGAGAAGCGAUUGGACAAUUCAACUACCCUCUUGAUCCGGAAUGGAGCCUCACACCCAUGCCGCUGAUUAAUCGUGUAUUCAUCUAUAAUGACAGACCCGGAGCUAAUUUGGAAGCAAUGGAGUAUGCCUCAAAACAACGCGAAACGAUUGCUCAUCGCAAAAGUCGUGACAAGGAGAUCGAGGCGAAUCCUAGCCUCGUUGGAGCUACUGACUGUGCUUCUUUGAAAUUAUACCUGCCUUUGACAGGGCAGACACAAAUGCCGCUCUCGUUGGAAUUCUCUCGACUGCAGUAG